GUGAUCACCGCACGUCCGGGAGCGCCUGCAGGCGGCAGCGCGCUGCAUAAUUGAUGGAGAGCCGGACGGUGUUCUGGGUCGGCUGCGGGAGCGGUGCGAGUGUCUCGGCGUAGGAGGGCAGGGCGGCCGGCCCCUCCCACUCCGCCUUUUCUCGAGUGUCCAUACCCCGGCCUGGCAGCGGGCGCCGGGCUGCGGGCGAGUGUGCGCGGCGACCCCGGGCACCGAAGGCGGUGCGUGGACGAGGACCGCGGCUGACCUGUUGGCGUCAUGCGCGCCCUCCAGGGUCUGCGGGGGCCUCGGGCCCUGUCCCUGCCGCUGCUCCUCCUGUGCUUCCUCGCCGCGGUGCGCCGGAGCUUGGAGGACGGCCUUUCCACAGCUGCACCUUUUAAAAGUCUACCUGUCCAGGAAGAAAUGAUGACAAAGGACUCUAAUCUUUCUUUGGAGAGUCAUAACAUAUCAGUGACUGCUGCACCUUUUACAAGUCUACCUGUCCAGGAAGAAAUGAUGACAAAGUCCUCUAACCUUUCCUUGGAGAGUCAUAGCUUAUCAAUGACUGCUGCACCUUUUACAAGUCUACCUGUCCAGGAAGAAAUGAUGACAAAGUCCUCUAACCUUUCCUUGGAGAGUCAUAGCUUAUCAAUGACUGCUUUGCCUAUCAAAGAAAAUAAUAAAGGGAACCAAAUCUGUGUUGACAGAGGAAUAAUGCUUCAAAGGAGUGUUACAUUAGUAGAACACUCCAAUAUACCAGUAGAAAAAAAUAUCACUUUAGAAAGACCUUCUAAUGUAGAACUCAUAUGCCAAUUCACACCAUCUGGAGAUUUGAAUUCAGUAAAUGUGACUUGGAAAAAAGGUGAUAAACUACUUGAGGAUAAUUAUCUCGUCAAUGCAACGGGAGGUAUCCUGUAUACCCAAUAUAGGGUCGCCGUCAUUAACAGCAAACAGAUGGGAAGCUAUUCUUGUUUCUUUGGUGAGAAAAAGCAACAAAGGGGCACAUUUAAUUUGAAAGUUCCUGAAAUUAAUGGACAAAACAAACCAUUGAUCACUUACUUGGGGGAUUCAGUUGUCUUGAUGUGUAAAUGUCAAGGUUGUCUUCCUUUAAAUUGGACCUGGUACGGUAGCAAUGGGAGUGUACAGGUUCCUGUUGGUGUUCCAGUGAAUGAUAAGUAUGUGAUCAGUGGAAACCAUGCUAAUGAAACAAGGCUCAAGAUAACGCACCUUUCAGAGGACGACCAGGGAACUUACUGGUGCCAUGCAAUAUUCGAGUUAGGGGAGAGUGAAGGACACGUUAAACUCGUCGUGCUCAGCUAUUUGGUACCCCUUAAAGCAUUUUGUGCAAUAGCUGCUGAGGUUGUUCUCUUAGUGGCUAUUAUUCUGCUUUUUGAAAUGUAUACUCAAAAGAAAAAGAAGCCCUCAGAUGAUGGGAAAGAAUUUGAACAAGGUGAACAGCUGAAAUUGGAUGACAGCAAUGGUAUAGAAAAUAGUGGCCCUAGGCACAGAAAAAGUGAAUCCGUGGGGCAGUGAGUGACAAACAUCAUUUCAAGAGUCACAGGAAGAUGUACAAAGAGUUUGCAUUUCAGCUUUAUUUCUGCUUCCUGUUAAGAACGUGUGAUUUUUUACUUUUAAAAGGAUGAAAAGUUUAUGUAAAAUGCUCAGUAGUAGCUUUGUAAAUAAUAUAUGCAAUUUCAGAUCUACAAAUAUAUUUUCAUUCUGUAUUUUACACUAAAGCAAGGUAAAUUGUAUUAAGUAUGUGCUAUGAGCUAUAACCCAGGAUAAUUAAUUUCAUUCCAGUCCUUAAGGGACACGCAGAAUAGACACCAGCAAAACCAAACAGUACACAGAGUGAAUGUCACUCUAGACCUGUUUAUAACCAAAGAAUUCAUUAAAAACAAAGCUUUGCCAUUUGUCUUAAAAAGGUUUUUUUCCCAGUCAUGUUUACUAGGUGUAGAAGUAUUUGUAAUAAUUUCAUGUAAAGUUCAUCCUUCAGUCGUAUUGAAAAGAAGUGUCAUCAAGGGGAGAUGAGCACUGUCUACCUUUGCUAAUGAUGGUUACUGUGCAGUCACCGCAAGGAAAACAUACUUUUCCUAUGAAAACAUUGGUUGAAGGCAAAGAAAUAAAACCGUACACUUGCCCAUCUCCGUCUCCACAGAAGCUAAUUUCUCAGUCUCAUUCCACUCAUCUCCACUGUUUUCCCACAUUAAGCUAAAGUGAUUCUUAGACUUCCUAGAGAGCAUUAUUUUAUUUUAAGCUGUGGGUUUUGGAUUUCUUAAGUUACAGCUGUUGUUGAUGUUAUAGGACUAAGGUUCACCUGGACAUGAUGUCUCACUGCUAUAGGCAUGCUUCUGUGUUUCAUGGUGGUAUCCAUGGCUGGCUAAAUAUCUCAAAAAGCAUCAUUAGUGGUUUCUAAUACUAAUGUCUUUGUCUGAAAUCAAGAAGUGUUAGAGUUGUUCUAUGUUGUUGACAGUGCCUUAGGCUUUCUAUUGUGUGUAUAACUAAAUUAUUUUAUAAAACUCACUGUAACCAAGUCGAUUGAAAUCUGAAUAGCCAUGAAAAGUUGUCAGUGGCUUUGAAUGGAAUAUUGGUAUCAUACAGCAGGAUACUAGGUUAGGUUGAAGACAAUAUGUGAAUCCUGCUGGGGGAUCCUUGGUGCUUAUGAGUCCACUGUCCCCCAGCUCACAGUGCAGUGGGGAUCAGAACAAUUACAGGCAAAGAGGGAGGGUUUGGGAUGGUGGUGAAGACCCACGGUCUUGGUGACCAAGGGGACUAAUGCUUGAAAAAGAGAAGUUCAAUUAUUUGAAAAAAAUACUUUACAGAAAUUUGUAUGAUAUUCUGGGUGAAAAAAUUAUAAUAAAAUUGAGAUAGGGAAAAUUAUGCUUUAUAUGGCAUCUUAACUAAUGUUAAAUAGUAUGAAUAAUACACAUGAAGUGUGACUUGGAAGCUUCUGUUUGUUGCAGCACUGUUGUGCAUAAAAUGUGUGACCUACCCACAAAAGUUUUACUGAAUAGACUACAUCAUUUAAGUAAUGGCAGGUUUCAUCAUGUUCUUGUCUCAGAGCCACGAGCCAGGCAUUUGUUUUGGUUUAGUUAAUUAUUAAUUUGACCAAAUGAUCUUGGGUGGUAUCUAUAUAAUGGCACCCAAGCAGUUCACUUAGUUAAUCUGAACAAUUUGAAUUCAAUGAAAAAUUAGUCAGACCUGCUUUUUUACUAAAUCCAAUGCAAAUGCAUUUGUGACUAGAUAUAUACAAAUCCCCAUACAAUUUGUAGCUCAUAUGCAGUAUGUACUCUUCUAUUUUACCACCAUUAUUUAGACUAAAAUGGUUCUCAGGCAGAAAAAUUGCUGUCCCAAUGUAAAAUAAUCUGAAAUAUUUAUGUAGUAAAUUGAAAUUUUAAGUGUCAGUGUUUGCUAUUUUUCCUAGCAAAGAAAAUUAAGUUCAGUAACUUUAAGCAGAAAAGGUACUCAGGAAAUUAAAGUAAAUGAAAGGAAAUUAAAGUUGAAUUUUGACUAUUCAGAGUCUCCCUGGGGAACCUCCAGAAAAUUAUUUCACCACUGUUAGGUUAAAAAAUGGAAUGCUUCCAUUAAGUAACCUCAUGGAAAUGAAUGGAUUAACUAAAAAUGACCAAUUGUAAAUUGCCUAAAAAUACAGAGCAAGCAGAAAAGCUGAAGUAGGAAAAUUACGCCACGUUUAUAUAUUAGACACCUUGGGAAUUCUGUUCAUCUUUCCAGCUAACAGAGUUUUGCUGCAUAUUAAGUAGAUUUAAUGAUGUCUUAAAUUCCCAGAUAUUUUCAUAUUCAGUUUAUGCUCUAAUGUAAAUCUUCACUUUGUAGUCUUUUUCUCUCUUUUUUUUUCUUAGCAUCCAGUUACCCAGGCCAAAACCUAAAGUUCACUGUGCCAUUUUCUUUUCCUUUAUUAACUAAUAUUUAUUAGUCAUGAAUCCCUGUUCCUUUGUCCUCUUUAAUAGCUCAUCAAUCCACUCAUUGCCUCCCCUACCCCCAUGCUCACCAGCUGCAACAGCUGAGGUCUUGAUUUUCCUACAUCAGCCUCAUCUACUGUUCAUCCAUUUUUUGCAUUGCUUUGUGUGUGUGUGUGUGUGCACUUAGUUGCUCGGUCAUGUCCAACUCUUCGCAACGCCAUGGACUGUAGCCUAUGAGGCUCCUAUGUCCAUGGGAUUUUCCAGGCAAGAAUACUGGAGUGGGUUGCCAUUUCCUUCUCCAGAGGAUCUUACCACCUCAGGGAUUGAACCCACAUCUCCUGCCUUGGCAGGCAGGUUCUUUACCAUCUUCACCAUAAAGAUGCCCCUUUAGCAUUGGUGCCAGGCCAUAUUUCUAAAACACAAAUCUCACUAUGGAGCAUAAUGUGCCAGUUCCCAUGACAGACCUCUUUAGGCUCCCCUUUGCCAUAUCUUAAUGCUGCAGUUUUCCAAGUCACUAAUCUUUCUUCACUGUCUUGAUUUAGCCUUGACAGAGAGAGAGUCUAUCCAGAGUGCUGCCCGCUGUGUGCCUCCCCUUUGAUGAACUCAAGUUUAGCCUCAACACUUGAAUCUGAUGUUACUUCCUGGCAGAUCCCUCAUUCCCAGUUGACUCUAUACCAUCAUAUGUGCUCAAAUAACUCCACAUUUUUUGUGCUUAUUUACCUGUAUUAUACAUAUGCUUUUAUAUGUCUCCUUCCUGGAUUCUGAUUUUAUUUGCUUGUCCCAUACCUACCACAGAGAAGGUACAUUGUAGAUAUCAUGUAUGUGUAGUGAAUAGAUAAAUGUAUAGGUGAAAAUAAAAUUUUAUAAAUUUAUACUUA